GGGGGGGGGAGGGGGCAGAGGGUAGCUUGUUUUCGGGACUGGAGGACGGGCGCUACGUUCUGAAAGAGUUUUCUCCCAGCGUGGGAAAGCAAGAGGCUCGUCUGCCUCUGCCUCUCAGCCGGGACAGACGUGGCCCAUACAAGGGCCGCUGCUCCACCUUCACCCCCGGACUCCAGCUCCCUCCGCACGGGCUGCCUCGGGGAGGAGGAGACCUCGCCUUCAGGGAGCGGAGCGGGCGGAAAAGAGAGAUCGUAACGAAAGGAGAGAGAAGUAGGAGAGAGGAGGCAUAGGUGUUUGCUCGGCUAGGGAAGAGAUGGACAGAUGGUGAGGAGUUCUCCCCAUCAGACAGUGGAGCUGGGCAGGGGAAGACAUGCAUCUGUCCGGCAGCGAGGAGUCUGAUGUGGGAUCGGCGGACUCCUACACCAGCCGUCCAUCAGACUCAGAUGUGUCCCUGGAGGAGGAUAAGGAGGCAGUGCGAAGAGAGGCCGAGCGCCAGGCCCAAGCCCAGCUCGAGAAGGCCAAGACUAAACCGGUUGCGUUUGCCGUCCGCACCAACGUCCACUACAGCGCCGGCCAUGACGACGAUGUCCCAGUGCCCGGCAUGGCCAUUUCCUUUGAGGCUAAAGACUUCCUCCAUGUCAAAGAGAAAUUCAAUAAUGACUGGUGGAUAGGCCGCCUGGUGAAGGAAGGCUGUGAGAUCGGCUUCAUCCCCAGUCCUGUGAAGAUAGAGAACACUCGCAUCCAACACGAACACAGGGCCAAGCAGGGCAAGUUCCACUCCAGUAAAUUGGGAGCAAACUCGUCCUCCAGUUUAGGUGAAGUGGUUCCAAACUCUCGAAAAUCCACCCCUCCUUCCUCUGCCAUUGACAUAGACGCCACAGGCUUAGACCCAGAGGACAAUGAGCUUCCAGUCAACCUGCGCUCCCCUAAAGCCAGUCCAAACACAGUCAUGUCUCCCCUAGCAAAAGAGAAACGAAUGCCUUUCUUUAAGAAGACGGAACACAUUCCUCCAUAUGACGUUGUGCCUUCCAUGAGGCCAGUGGUCCUAGUGGGUCCUUCGCUGAAGGGCUACGAGGUGACGGACAUGAUGCAGAAGGCGCUGUUUGACUUUUUAAAACACCGAUUCGAGGGGAGGAUAUCCAUCACCAGGGUGACGGCGGACAUCUCUCUCGCCAAACGCUCAGUCCUCAACAACCCCAGCAAGCACGCCAUCAUCGAGCGCUCCAACACGCGCUCCAACCUAGCUGAGGUCCAGAGUGAGAUUGAGAGGAUCUUCGAGCUGGCCCGGACCUUACAGCUGGUGGUUCUGGACGCCGACACCAUCAACCACCCAACCCAGCUGGGCAAAACUUCUCUGGCACCCAUCAUCGUCUACGUGAAGAUCUCCUCGCCCAAGGUUCUUCAGAGGCUCAUUAAGUCCAGAGGGAAGUCUCAGGCCAAGCACCUCAACGUCCAGAUGGUAGCUGCCGACAAGCUGGCACAGUGCCCGCCUGAGAUGUUUGACAUCAUCCUGGAUGAGAACCAGCUGGAGGAUGCCUGUGAGCACAUGGCUGAUUACUUGGAGGCCUACUGGAAAAGCACCCACCCUGCCAGCUGCAGCCCCCCCAACCCUCUGUUAGCCAAGCUGGCCACGGCGGCCCUGCCCUCGGGCCCAGCCCCGGUCUCCAGCAUGCAGGGCAGCGGGGCAGAGCAGAAAGGGGAUAAGGCAGUGGGAGAGAGGAAGGGCUCCAGAGAGGACCACCACCACCACCAGAGCCAGGACCAGGGAGACCCAGAGGGGGAGGAGGAGGAGGCAGAGGGGGAGGGCAACGAGGAGGAGAGGCCCCUAAGGACAGAGUCCUCCAGAAGGCCCCAGCACAUCCACCACCGCUCCUCCUCCACCAGGACUGAGCACCACAACCACCACCACCACCACCACAACAGCAGCCGCACCAGGGGCCUCUCCCGGCAGGAGACCCUGGACUCUGAGACCCUCGAGAGCCGGGACUCGGCCUACAUUGAGCCCCGCGCUCACCUGCUCCACCAGGAGGAGGAGGAGGAAGUGGAGGAGGAGGAGGAGGAGGAAGAGGAGGAGCUGGGGGAGGGGCACCCCCAGCAGCAACAGCGCUACGAGGCGCUACCUCACCGGGACCACAACCACCAUCACCACCACCAUCACCACCGCGCAGGUGCGGACGAGGCCGGGGGCCAUGGCCCAGGGCACCACCGCUCCAAGGAGCGCGAGCAGGACCACAACGAGCGCAACAAGCCUCGCGGUCACCAACACCACCGACCAGCACGUGACCACCACCACCACUACUACGACCGCGACAGGGACCGAGAGGGGGAGGUGGCCCCCAAAAAGAGGGGAGACACAGGGGACUGGGCCAGAGACUCCUACAUUCACCAGUGACAAACUAGCCCUUCCCAGUCCCCUGAGGACCCCACCACACACACACACACACACACAUACAAAGACACACUAAGUCAUAGUGCUCACACUCUGUUCUUGAAAACUGUUCAGUUCUCCCACUGUGCUGCUACACUCCCUCCCCAAACUCCUGCCUCCCGUUAAUGUAUGCUUCCUUUGUAAAAGCUGUUGCUACCCUAGCAACGGCAGUAUUUUGAUUAUAUAGAAAUAGAUAUGAAUAUAUACAGUAUGUAUAUGUGUGUGUGUAUCUAUGCAUAGACGUGGUCGUUUAUGCUUGGGUAUGCAUGACUAUUCUCAAUAUGCAUAUUUUAAAGCCUGUGUUUGGUAAAGCAUGACAGAACAGAAUUAUUUUCUGUGCUGAGCUGUGCUUUCUGUGAUUAGCCUUUUGAAAAUUGAUUUUAGAUUAGUUUUUUUUAUUUAUAUAUUUUUUUUUGUUGCUUGCUGCCACUUGAACAAUUGGUUCUUUCAGACUACUGCUAGGAUUGACUAUAGGAAGUGGGGUUAGGUGACCUACUGUAACCCAGUUAGGUUAUGCUGUAUUUGCAGAUGUAUUAUUAUUUGUCUUGGUUCCUAUUUUAUUGGUUGCUUUUUUAUUCUGCUUUAUUCAUUUGAGAUGUUUGGUCCUCUGAUAUUGAAGCCUCCUUGGGGCACACCUUAGUCUUGCCUUACAAGACAACAGAAUAGUGACAUAACUUCCUGUCUUACAUUGCAGUACUGUUCUAUUUAUAAGGGUCCAGUAACAUUUUAUAACAUUGAUACACCUUCUGUUGAGCACUUUUAAUAUAGAACGUUUCACAUUGGUGUCCGGUGAUCAAGACUUGAUGUUUCCAUUUUAAUUGUCAGUCAUUUGUCUGCAACUGAUCCCCAUGAUAGCUUACGACUUCUUGCUGGAAGUAUUUUUUACCAACUCAAACUCACCCGACAGUAUAAUUAGAUGAAGAAUGUGUAUUAUGAAAUAACCUUGAAAAUAUUUGACUGAAAAAAAAAAAUAUUUGUUAAUGAGACAAUUCUAUGAAACCAAUUUACUCCUUUACCUUGCCAAAUGCACAAUUUAUAGUUUGGGUGUAACUGAAAAUCAAUCAGCCCAUUUAACCGACAGAAUGUACAUGCUUGUGCUCGUGAGAAUACUCCAAAGCAGAUCUAAGUCUGUCUAUGGGAUGGGCACCUCCUGCCAUUGUACCACCCAGUACAGAUUUAGUCAAUCCAGAAACAGGGUCAGAGAUUCAGGAUAACUUGAAAUCAAUGUGUGAUUCACACAUUUCACACCUAGACUCUAUCAGUAAAAGUGUGACAUUAUACUGCAUAAACCAUGUGAAAACCAGAUGUUCCUCCGUCAAACAAGCUGCCCUCUCCACAAUAAGGGAGUUGAUACACUGUCCUCUGUUUACAUUUCUACCUGUCCCCCUGGUAUUCAUGAUCAGACUUUUAGUUUAUAGGUUUUGCCUAAAAUAUGAUUAUAACAAACUGUCCAUUUAUAUGCUACUCUAGUAGCACCCUACACAUUUUUAAUGGUGUACAUUUGUAUGUACAUAAUGUAUAAAUACAAAGAAUAAACUUGGUGAAGG